AUGGAGUUCUCUGGUUAUGCUCUUACAUGGUGGAAUCAGCUGCAAGACGAUCGGUUGAUGUCUGGCAAUAAUCAUAUCCGUAGCUGGACUUUGAUGAAGGAAUUCAUGAGGCGUCGUUUCGUUCCAUCAUACUAUGAGAGGCAAUUGUACAAGCGGUUGCAGGGGCUCACUCAAGGUUCUCACACGGUUGAGGAGUACUAUAAAGAGAUGGAGGUGCUGCUAAUUCGGACAAGAACCCGUGAAAGUGAUGAGGCAAAGAUGGCGAGAUUUUUACAUGGGCUGAAUGAUGAAAUAUCAGAUUUUGUGGAGAUGCUUACUUAUGAUACAUUACAAGAUGUGGAAACUUUAUUGGCUACUAACGAUCUACCCACAACUCUUCCUAGUGUUGUUUUUGAUCUUUUGCAGGAGUAUCAGGAUGUGUUUCCCAAGGAAGUACCACCUGGUUUGCCACCAAAGUGGGGCAUUGAGCACCAAAUCGACUUGGUUCCGGGUGCCCCACUACCAAACCGACCACCUUACCGAGCAAACCCAGAGGAGACGAAGGCAAUUCAAAGGCAAGUGGAAGAUCUUUUUAACAGAGGGUAUGUAAGGGAAAGUCUUUCUCCUUGUGUUGUUCCUAUACUUCUAGUUCCAAAGAAAGAUGGUACCAUGCGCAUGUGCACUGAUUGUAGAUCCAUUAACAAUAUAACUGUGAGAUAUCGGCACCCUAUUCCUAGGCUCGAUGACAUGCUUGAUGAACUUUUUGGCUCCACCAUAUUUUCCAAAAUUGAUUUGCGCAGUGGUUACCACCAAAUAAGAAUGAAAGAGGGUGACGAAUGGAAAACUACAUUUAAGACAAAAUUUGGCUUGUAUGAAUGGUUGGGCAUGCCUUUUGGAUUAACGAAUGCACUUAGUACUUUCAUGAGAUUGAUGAAUCAUGUGCUUAGAUCCUUCAUUGGCAAGUUUGUUGUGUUUCUUGGCUAUGUUGUUUCAGCAAAAGGUGUGGAGGUCGAUCAAGAGAAGAUCAAGGCUAUUAGUGAGUGGAGGCCUCCACAAAAUGGCCAACUCAAACUGAACCGUAGACAUGCAAAAUGGAGGGAGUUCAUAGUCUUUCCUUAUAUUGUCAAGUACAACAAAGGGAAGGAUAACGUUGUUGCCGACGCAUUGUCUAGGCGUCACAUUUUACAUUCCCAACUUGAUGUUAAAAUCCUUGGUUUAGAAAGCAUCAAAGAAUUGGAUGCUAACGACUCAUACUUUUCUGAACCAUUUUCAAAGUGCAACAAGGGAAAGGGAUGGGAGAAGUUUCACUUGCAUGAUGGAUUUCUAUUUCGAGCUAACAAAUUGUGCAUCCCAGAUUGUUCUCUUUGUUUGUUGCUCUUGCAGCAGGCUCACGCUGGUGGUCUCACGGGACAUUUCGGAGCCAAGAAAACUGAAAGUGGAAACAAUGGGAAGCAGUGA